AGUCUAGGGCUUGCUGCUGAAAAGCCCGCUGGAUCCUCCACUGACCUGCUGUUCUUUCCUGCUUUCCUCUUUCGUUUUUUUUUUCCACAUUUAGAUUAAAAACAAAGCUCUCACUCUCUCCUCCCUAUCCCGAACCUCCUCCUCCUCCUCCUUCUUCCUCUCCUUAUUUCUGCUGCAGCAGUCAAGGCUUUAGUGUGUCAGAGAGACAGGGUGAAGAGGAGGAAAAAUAAGAGAAGGGGACUAUUUGGUUCAGCUGAGUGUUUAUGUUUGUAUGUUUUGCCAUUGGACUGCUGGGUGAAAGGGCGCAAGGACAAGCCACAAGAAGAGUGGGAAGAGGAGGAGAAGUAUAAGAGAGGAGCUUGCAUGGACUGAAUUCUCUCUCUCAUGUCAGUACGUGUAGACCUGGACUGAUCACAAGAAAAAAGGGGGACAGACACUGUAAGGCAGACGAGGAGGAGAGAAAGAGGAGGAGAAACUGUGACUUGGGUUUCACUAGGGAAAGGCGAAGGAGGAAGAAGGAGGCAAAGUCUGGUGCUCCGUUUUAUCAUGACCCUGUUGGAUGAACGAACCGACGGAGCGAGGGUUCUUCUGCUGAGUGUCAGUGGAAAUUUGCAUUAGAAGGACAGAGAGCAACAAGGACGAGAGAACCCAGCGAAGGAGCAGAGACAGUUCUCCCUGAGUGUUUGAGAGUCUGGGUUUGUGUGUGACUGUGUGUGGGUUGGUGUAACCAGGUGGAGGGCAGAGGACUGGAGGGCCAGGGGAGUAACCUGGCCAUCAAACGGACUGGAAGCCUCUCCUCUCCUGGGAUCAUGUACCCUCAGGGCAGGCAUCCGGUCCCCUUGCAGCCUGGCCAGUCUUUCAAGUUCACAGUCCUGGAAACUCUGGACAGAAUCAAGGAGGAAUUCCAGUUCCUCCAGGCUCAGUAUCACAGCCUGAAGCUGGAAUGUGAGAAGCUGGCCAGUGAGAAGACGGAGAUGCAGAGGCACUACAUCAUGUACUACGAAAUGUCCUACGGUCUCAACAUUGAGAUGCACAAACAGGCAGAAAUCGUCAAGCGUCUCAGUGCCAUCUGUGCUCAGAUCAUCCCUUUCCUCUCUCAGGAGCACCAGCAGCAGGUGGUCCAAGCAGUGGAGAGGGCGAAGCAAGUCACCAUGGCUGAACUUAACGCCAUUAUUGGGCAGCAGCAGCUCCAGCACCUGUCUCACCACGCCCCCGGCAUCCCUCUGACACCGCACCCAUCAGGCUUGUCGCUUGGUGCGGGGAGCUCUGGGCUUUUGGCUUUGACUGGAGCGCUGGGGGUCUCCGCCCACCUCGCUUCCAAAGACGAGCGAAACCAUCUUGAUCCAGAACACCUUAGAGAGGGAGCCCCCAGCAGGAGUAAGUCGGUGUCGUCAACAGACAGCCAGCCCACCGAGGAGCGCCAAGGACCCUCAGGAGGAUACUCUGCCUUGCAGGGAGGGGCUGAGGCCAAGAGGAGGCGCUGUGAUGAUAAAGAGCCUCUCCCUCCACACUCCUAUGACAGUGAUGGAGACAAAAGCGAAGACAAUCUUGUGGUGGACGUCUCCAAUGAGGAGCCCAACUCUCCCACCGGCAGCCCGCCUCACUCCCCCCAUGGGAACGGACUGGACCGGGCACCGACUCUGAGGAAAGAGCUGCCUGGUUCCUCGAGUGCAGGAGAGGCGCCUUCCACACCAAACCCCCGCAGCCCCACCCCAGGGAAGGCCAAGGACCCUGCACAGAUGGAUAAGUCCCAGUCUCCACUGUCCAAGUCUGGCACUCCGUCCCCAUCCCAUCGUGAGGCUCUCACCCCGGGAUCAACAGGAGCGCCUGGAGCUCCAGGCCCCAGCACCUCCUGCCUUCGUCUGGUCAGCAAAGCUGCAACAAGUGCAGACCCACUUGCUCUCCGCAGUCCCAUGUCUGUGCCCCCCGGUUCAUACCCGGCUCAUUUUGGCGUGGUCUCCCACGCAGGGCUGAACGGGGAGCUGGCCAGCCCGGGGGGAUUCGGAGGAGCUCUGACUCUCUCUCCACAGAUCAGCGCCGCAGCCAGCGCCUACUCCCGCAGCCCCAUGGUGGCGUAUGACUCUCGGUCUCACCUAAGAGCUCCCGGCCUGUCCUCCUCUCUCCCUGGUUCCUCUGGUGGAAAACCCGCCUACUCGUUCCACGUGAGCGCCGACGGACAGAUGCAGCCGGUGCCGUUCCCCCCCGACGCCCUGCUGGGCCCGGGCAUCCCGCGUCAUGCCCGUCAGAUCCACACGCUGAGCCACGGGGAGGUGGUGUGCGCCGUCACAAUCAGCACCUCCACACGCCACGUCUACACCGGAGGCAAGGGCUGCGUCAAGGUGUGGGACAUCAGCCAGCCGGGAAGCAAGAGCCCCAUGGCCCAGCUGGACUGUCUGAACAGAGAUAACUACAUCCGUUCCUGUAAAAUCCUCCCCGACGGUCGGACCCUGAUCGUUGGAGGCGAGGCCAGCACGCUGUCCAUCUGGGAUCUGGCCACGCCGACUCCCCGCAUCAAGGCGGAGCUGACGUCAUCCGCCCCGGCCUGCUACGCCCUGGCCAUCUCCCCCGACAACAAGGUCUGCUUCUCCUGCUGCAGCGACGGCAACAUCGUCGUCUGGGACCUGCACAACCAGACGCUGGUCAGGCAGUUCCAGGGCCACACAGACGGAGCGAGCUGCAUCGACAUCUCCAAUGAUGGCACCAAGCUCUGGACAGGAGGGCUGGACAACACGGUCCGCUGCUGGGACCUGAGAGAGGGCCGGCAGCUGCAGCAGCACGACUUCACCUCACAGAUCUUCUCCCUGGGUUACUGUCCGACAGGCGAGUGGCUGGCUGUGGGGAUGGAGAGCAGCAACGUGGAAGUGCUGCAUGUCUCCAAACCCGACAAGUACCAGCUGCACCUCCAUGAGAGCUGCGUCCUCUCCCUCAAGUUCGCAUACUGCGGAAAGUGGUUUGUCAGCACAGGAAAAGACAAUCUGUUGAAUGCAUGGAGGACACCAUAUGGAGCGAGCAUUUUCCAGUCCAAGGAGUCCUCAUCUGUGCUGAGCUGCGAUGUCUCCCCAGAUGACAAGUACAUAGUGACGGGCUCCGGGGACAAGAAGGCCACUGUGUACGAAGUGGUGUAUUAAAGAAUAAGCGGACACAGGAGACAACAGGAUGGACAGAGGCUUUUCUUUCUUUCUGUUUUUAUUUUUUUGUUCUUUGUUACGCAUCAACUCCACUUGAUUCUCAACACCGUCAAACGUAGUCUUCAUCUUCUCGAGUCAUCAGCCCUAAAACGUCAUCACUGCCCUCUUGUUUUGCUGUAAUAUUAGCUGCUGUAGUUGUUCCCAAAUGUCCCCUCACCUUCCCCUUCCUCCACCCAGUCUAAGCUCAUUGAAUGAGGCAUGAUAGCGGAGAGAGAGAGAAUGAGAAACGGCAAGAUAAGGAAGACAAAGGGAAGAGGGCGGUGGAGGGUAAAGAUACAGUUGUGAGGAGAAAGAGAGGAAAAACGAGUAGAGAGAACGAUAGUGCAGAAGGAAGCAACAUUAAAUGGGGGGUCGGGGGUAGGUAGGGUAAUUAGGGCUGUUUCCUGAUUAAGAGCUCAGUGGAAGGGAGGCCCCCAGAGGAGGCGUGGAGCGGCACGGUGGGAGCGCCAGCCAGGAGCACUGAUACCACACAAUCGAUUCAUUAGCGAGACAGUGGAGGCCUUAAUGAGGCUGACGCUGCAGCUCCAUCUCCCCAGCGAGAGGUGUCAGGAGCCGGGGAACGAUGACGCGGCGAGAUGCUUCAGAUUUCCACAUAAACCGACACGAAAAUCUGCUCAAGACGCACAGAGCCGAGAGUACAAACACUCCGAUACGUUCCUCCCCCCCGGAUUGAGGUAAACGUGAGACGGGGGAGGAAAAACACACAACGCGCCGAGCACCCAAUUAAACAUUCAUCCCAGCGCCCUCCCCUGUCUUUCUGCCUAAUAUCUAUUUUAUUUUGGUCUGACAAAGGCAGCAGCCUAAUGAGCAGGGGAGUCGAUGGGAUUCUCCCAGGGCCCGGAGACACAAACAGAGAACAUCAGCCGAUCCGUUGCCUCUAAUUCCUCCGGAUUGUUCUCCUGACAUCCAGCGCCGCGCUCACUCUCAUUAAGAGACGCUGUCAGCUAGAUGAAGUAGCAGCACAACCAAGCUCACUGUGAGGCACACUGGAGGGCAAAUUAACACCACGCGAUUACACCAUCAUCAGUAGCUAACUAAGCAGUGACUAAUCCAAUUCCUUUCAAAUUUUAUGCAACUAGUUGCUGAUUUCAUUUCCGCACGUCUUCAUCUCCAUCCCUGCUUACCUGCUCUGAUCAAACCUUGUUAUAUAAGCCAUUGGUUGUCAUUAAAUUAGAAGGUAAACAUUUAAAACACGUCCAUAAAUCUAAAUGAAUUGCACCACUCUUGUGUCUGUAAACUAAGUGUAAAGUUGGCUAAGUCCACUGACUGAAAACAGAGGGGUCUACGCAGCCGUUUGUUAUCUGCACACAGCACACUGUGUCCAGCUAAGAUCACCAAUUAAAACGCUGUAUCUUGUUUGUUUGAUCCUUGGAAAUGCCACAGUGUGAAAAUAAAUUGCCACUUUUCCAUGGUCUGAAGCGGUUGCCGGGACAACAGGUGGCAUUGCAGGAAGUCUGAAGCCCGAGCAAAAACUUGGCACCAAAAGGACCUCCACGCGUCGCUUUUUAAACAAAUUUGAGAUACUGCAGAGCAAUGAAGCUGUGUUUGAAACUUUCUCUUGUUCGCUCAUUAACUGUUUCAUAUUCACUAUUUUUAAGACUUAAGCUUUUGUUCUACACAUGCAAAGCUAAUCAAAUUCACCCCACUAGGGACAAGGGUGUUAGAAAAUGGAUGGAUGGAUGGAUAUUCACAUUUAAGUUUUACAUAACUAGACACCCUCGCCUAAAUCUGAGGUAAUGGGAAGUGUGAUUUUGCCGUUUUCGGUGGAAAAUGCAUUGUAAUCAACACAAUCUGUCUUCAUAUCACAGACACUGAACAUGAGGACAAACAGCACCCUCCAUGUUUAUUGGCACUCCUGGAAAACGUGUAUAAAGACAUUUUAAAAUGUGCCGUUUAUCGUAGUAGUGUACUGAAAAAUGUUGAAAAACUUUUUUUUUAAAUUCAGGAAUAAAAUAUCAAAAUGUGCUCGCAAACCCUUACAGUAUCCGUAAAAUAAAUGUCUCUGAAACAUUUUGCAUUGUAUAUUUUUAUUUUUUUUUAAAUUUUAACUAAUGCAAAUUAUGUUUUCUUGGGUUAUUGAUAUGAUAGGACACAAAUGUCCUGUUCUCUUGAGAUUUAGUACACAUGUCUCACUUUAAUGUUCCCGUCUUUCCUAAUUUGAAGUGUGAUUAAGUCAUAAAAUGGCUUCAGAAAAUUGCUACUAAUCUCAACUUGUCAAUAUUUACAGUCAGAGCAAUAUUUAAAAAGCUUAAAACAAGUGGAACUGGGACAAAAGACCCCAGAUUAUUUUGCUCACAGACAGUGUGGGACAUGUUAAGGGGUAAAUAAAUCACGGUCACUGCUAGAGAGUUGCUGACAACAGUUAAUGCAAACUGACGUUACUGCAGGAAAACAUUAAUUUAUUCCAAGAUAUAUUUUACUCAUUCCUAUAAGUGUCAAUAAUUAUGGAGGGUGAUGUUAAUCAGACGUUAGUAUAAUUGUCCAGGUAAUUCAUAAAAAAAAUAAAAAAAAACCUACCAACUGUUUUAGGGGCCAUUACCCACCUGCAAAUAUUUCUGAAGAACUGCUGAUCCGUGUCAGUUUUUAUACUGCUUUUCAAAUGAUAAGUUUAAUUUGUUGCGCUGUUUAGACUCGACAACUUGGGUUUUAAAUAUGCCAUGCUUUCUACAUAAUCUCUAAAAUCCUUUGGGUUGGACUGAGAGGGAGACGCAUCACGUCACAAGUUAACCGUUUGGAGGUUUUACUGUGCUGGACUCUUAAUCACUUCCCAAUAGUUAGCAGCCUGAGCUGAUGAAGCAUGUUAGCAUUGGCAUGCUUCAUCGGCUCCGUCCAUCACAGCCCAUUUUGUAGCAAAGGCCUCAGCUGUACGUUACUUUGACUGGACCACCAGAAUGGGAGAAUAAAUGAACAGAACUGAGUGGUAAUCACAGAGACCACUCCUUCAGCAACUUUAGUGAAUUUUGAAUAGCUCUAGUUUUUCUUUAGAUUUCAUGAAGCUGCAACUAAAACUUUUGAAUGUGGACGAGUUUGGUCUGUUUUCAGUACGUGCUAAAAGCUAAUCACAGUUAGCUUACAGACAUACAUGUAAUAAGCAUUAAAUAUGUUUAUUUGGACUUGUCUAUUUUCUACAUCACUUCACAUAUUCCAAAAUGAGAAGAAAACUGUCUGUCAGAGCUCUCCGUUUCUGUAGAGCCUGUGUUUAGAAAUAAAAGGCACAUUUCAAUAUCUUCUAUUAAUUCACUGCAUCAUUUCAUUAUUUUUUUAUGACUAGUGAUUGCUUGUCCUGUAUAAUAUGUUUAUGUACUUGGAUUGCCUGUGGCUUGUUUUGGGCUCAGAGGGGGAUACGUACAUAUGGAGAUAGAUAAUCAAGGGAACACAGGUGGGAUGUAUUGAAAACCUACCAAGAACUCCACUGUUUGUUGUUUAUUCUUUAUCCCCUUUUUUCAAAAGUGGUAGUAAGUGUACUUGAGUCUGUUUCUUAGCCCUUAUUAUGUUGUUUUCAGCUCCUACUUCUGUUGAUUCGUGCCUGUAUUCAGCAGGCACUAAAGAUUUGCUAUGAAGGAGGCUCCACUUUCAUUGCAUGCUUGUUGCACUAAAGCUGAGCUGCUCAAAAGAAAAAAAAAAUCUUAUUUUAUACAGUGGCGAUCCUUAACGAUCCUCUUUUCAGAAAAUAAUAAAGGCGGUAUGCAAUUUUGUUUACCUGUAUCCAAUGUUAGAAAAGUUUACCUGUUUUUUAGCUGCAGCGCUGAAGCAGAACAUACGAAUCAUGAGGGCCUUCUGCAGAGUCAGAGAUGUUCUGUACAGCUUCCUGCCUCUCUUCUUUUUUUCCCUCUCUGUCCAAAAGCCCCAGGUAGCCAUAAAUGAUUCUCAUGUACACAAGCUUAUAUGCUACUCAAAACGAUGCUGUAUAAUGGCUAUGCAUAUGGUGGUCUAGCGUCAGUAUUUGGGACAUUGUAUUUGAUACUUUGUUUGAAUUAAUCAACAUUUCCCUGCCCCACCUGUGCUUCUGUUUCAACAGUGCAAAAACAAAAACAAAAAAAACCCUUUGUUUUUCUUUUACGGCUUAUAUUAACUUUUCUGUUUUGGAAAGCCAAGGAACUUUUUUUUCUCUUUUUUUUUAAAUGCACUGUGUCUUCCCCUCCUGGUGCGUUUUUCCUUGUGCUGUACAACAAAUGCUAUCUGUGACGAAUAAACCAAACUUGUGCUCAUCA